AUGUACUCUUCUUCUUCUAAACAAAGUUAUAUUAUUGCAUUUAAGCUUGAUGUAAUAUUAUAUGCAGAAAAUACAUCCAAUCAUAAAGCAUCAUUGUUCUAUAAAGUUGCAUGGAAAUGCGUUCAAGAGUGGAGAAAACAGAAAAAUGAAUUUAAAGCGAUCAGAAAUGAUCAAAGUAUUAAUAUCAAUCAAGUUCAUGCUCUUAGUAGUCAUGAAAAAAAUGCAAUUACCACUUUCAUAAUCGAACACAAGGCCAAAGAAUUUGGAAAAGAUUUAAAUCUUGAAGAUGCUAAGUUUUCUCGUAGUUGGGUUGAAUGUUUUAAAAGACGAUAUAAAUUAGUGAAUGCACCAGAACACAAGUCAUACAAAAGUUUUCCUGAAGACAUGCCUUUGGUUGUUAAGGACUUUCUUAAAAUAUCGCGUGAAAAAACAGUGAAUAUUGAAAAAAAAUUUAUUCUUUCUUUUGACGAAACACUGAUGUGGUUUGACAUGCCCCAAAAUACAACAAUCAAUUUUGAAGGUGUUUGUCAAAUGCCAAUUAAAACCACAGGGAAUGAUAAAUUGUGCUUUACAGUAGUCUUGGGUUAUACUGCAUCUGGAAAUAAACUUCCACUCACUGGCUUGGAUGUUGUUGAGAUUCCUGGUGGAAUAACAUGCGUUUUGCAACCACUCGACGUUUCAGUAAACAAACCUUUUAAGAAUGGAAUAACCCAAAGAUGGGAAAAGUGGAUGGACGAAGGAAAAGGUGAGCUUACUGCAAAAGGAAACCACAAAAAAGCCUCAUACGAAGUAGUUUGUGAGUGGGUCUCUGAAACAUGGAGAGAAAUCAGUUCAGAUAUAUUGAUUAGAUCAUUUGAAGCAUCUGGACUUACACUUAACCCUGAUAGUAGUGAAGAUUUUAAAAUGUCAAGUUAUCUCCAAGCUAUUAUUGCAAAUUGUAUGGAUGAAGUGAUUUUUGAUGAAGAGGAACAGAGUAAUGAAUCUGAGAAUUUAGGCAGUGAAUCGAGUUCUGAAGAUGUGUUGGAUAAUGAUUUCAAAAAUAUGAUGGAUACUGAUUUGUAA